GUACCUCCUAUCCUCGGCUUUUAGAAAAACAUGAUAGAAUCUAAGGAUAUAAAUUUCGGAAUCUGAUUAAACGUGUGUUCUAUAGGUCAGCACCAUGCGAUUCCCCCUCAUCUGCUUCAAAAGUUAUGUACUUUGCACCGACAAGCAAAUCCCGGAUGCCGAGUUCAGAGCCCGACACGAUCGUUAUUAAAGCAUACCUAUGAAUUAUCAAGAUGGGGGAAUCAAAUGAAGCCAUAAAUGAGAUUGAUAGACGCGAAACAUCAUAAGCUGCUAAUACUCACAAUGGGUACCCUCACACGGAUAGCCGCCUGCCAUGCCUCUCCCGUCUUCUUGUCAGCGAAAGACACGACAGCGAAAGCCAUAUCGUUGAUCCAAGUAGCCGCGAGUAACGAAGCGAACCUCAUCGUAUUCCCUGAGUCCUACAUCCCAGCGUUUCCCAUAUGGAGCGCUCUUCGAGCCCCAUCCGAGAACCAUGAUCUGUUCAAGAGGAUGGCAGCAGAAUCCAUCUACGUCGAUGGCGACGAAGUUGACUCGAUCCGUGCUACAGCUAAGCAAUUAGGUGUGCUUGUCAGUCUUGGCUUCUCGGAAAAGGCGCGAUACAGCAGCGCCACGUUAUGGAACUCGAAUAUAAUUAUAGGAACAGACGGCGAGAUCCUCGUUCACCAUCGAAAACUCAUGCCUACAUUCUACGAGAAACUGACCUGGGCUCCUGGCGAUGGUCAUGGUCUGCGAGUGGCGGAUACUAAGUUCGGCAAGGUUGGGACGCUCAUAUGCGGAGAAAAUACAAAUCCUCUGGCACUGUACACUAUGACGGCGCAGGGCGAACAGAUCCAUAUCAGUUCUUGGCCAGCUAUCUGGCCAACUCGGAUGCCUGAGGGUGUAUUGCCUACGCCGAGCAGCGAGGUUACCAACGGUAUUGGGACUAACGGUAAGGUGUUAUCGUCGAGCGUUACCCGUGGAGUGAGCUACGACAAUGUCGCUGCGAAUAGGACGCGAGCGGCUGCCCACUGUUUUGAAGCCAAGUGUUUCGGUGUUCUUUGCGCUGGAUACCUCGGGGCUGAUGCCAUAGAGGCUGCUACUUCUGGCUCUAAUACCCCUGAAAUCAUCUCACAGGGGCUACAGCGUUCCUCGAGGGGAGCGACCAUGUUUUUAGAUACGACGGGCACAUUGCUACCAGGGUUCACUAUCGACGCCGAAACAUCAGUUAAGGAACAGAAAGACUUUCUUCAGGAGAGUGAGGGUAUUUUGUAUGUCGAUGUCAACUUAGACGGUUGUGUAGAGGGGAAGCAGUACCAUGACAUUGCUGGUGGGUAUCAGAGAUUGGAUGUAUUCGAGCUGAAAGUCGAUCGUAGGCGAAGGCAGCCAGCUUUAUUCGAAUGAAUACACGAAGCUAUGAGACUCAACACGACUAUGAUUAUUGGUAACAUUAACUUAGCUUCUGUAUAGCUAUGACAAGUCAUCACGCCAAAACCUUUCGAAUCUCAAUUUUCCGAUCUAUG